AACAAAAAGCCGGAACUUCUGCAAAUCCUACGAUCUGUUUUAUGUUAUUCCAGUCCGUACUUCUCAUUUCUAAAAUCUAUCAUCCACAGGAGUAGACGAGCCGAGCAAUUGCCAUCCAUGAUUGACUGUCGUCGCUGACCAGCGCAGAAUGGAUAUCACAAAGAAGAUUCUGCUCCUUAACCUUUUUCAAGGACUUGUGUGUCAGAGAUGGAAGUUCCCUGACAGAAUUGUUGGUUUAGUUGGAUCCUGUGUGGAGAUUCCCUGUACAUUCUAUCCUAGUGAAAGAUCUUCAACAUCCAGUACUGUUUGGUUUUUAGAUAAUCGACUCGAAUUUCCUCAGAUUUUUAACAGUCAAAGAAACUCUUCAGUCUUAAGAGAUUACAGAGACAGAACCUCUCUAGUUCCUGGAAUUUGCAACUGUUCACUGAGGAUAGACCCUGUGAGAAGAGAGGAUAAUAAUAAACAAUAUUUCCCAGGAAUAUCAGAAGACGAGGACACUAAUGACUGGCUAAUACAAAGUAGGAAAACUGUAUACCUAUAUGUCACAGAUACUCCAACCAUACCGGAACUUACUAGAAUAGGAGAAAUGGUUGAAGGACGUCCUGAGAAUGUUUCAUGCUUUGUACAGCACACAUGUGGCUCCAGUCCACCUUCUCUGAGGUUCAACAAAGCCGGCCAAACCGAGAGACGAUCUGAAGAUCUAUCUGAAGGAUACUGGAGAGAAAUAUUAACAUUUAGAUAUAUUCCUUCAUAUGAAGAUGACAAUAUGGGAAUUCAGUGCACAGCAACUUAUCAUAACGGGAGAACAUCACAGAAUGCAGCAACACUGAGCAUCAGAUAUGCACCAAAAGACGUGAAGGUCAGUUUACCCAAAAUCAAAGUAUUAUUGGAGGGUAGUGAUGUGACUUUAACAUGCACCAGCAGAUCUAACCCUCCUCCACACAAAUAUGAAUGGUACCGUGGGAAAAGCAAAAAGAGAUUAAGAGCUGAAGGUCUGACAAUCACAGUACGGAAUGUCACCAAAGACACGGAUCCCUAUUCUUGUACUGCAAUAAAUAAUGUUGGAAGAGGAGAAUCGCCACCAACAGAGAUUUCUGUUCAAUAUGCACCAAUAGACGUGACGGUCAGCUUACCUGAAAAUGAAGAGCUUUUGGAAGGUAGUGAUGUGACUGUAACAUGUUCCAGCAGAUCUAACCCUCCUCCAUACAGAUAUGAAUGGUACCGUGGGAACAACAAAACUAAAUUAGGAUCGCAAGAUCAGAAGAUCAAAGUACUGAAUGUCAGCAAAGACACGGAACCCUAUACUUGUGUUGCAAUAAAUUAUAUUGGGAGAGGAGAAUCACUACCGACACAGAUACCUGUGCAAUACAACAACGCUGAUGACUCAACGGGAAACCCGCAAACCUUUUUUAUUUUAUUUCUGAUUCUGGGGAUUUUGGCUGGAGUCAUCCUUCUGAUUGUAAUUGUCUACUUUGUUUCAAGAACUAAAGCACGUCAGACAUCAUCAAGGCAAGAGAAUUCACAACAACCAGAUGCCACAUAUAUGGAUCUUGUGAAAACAGAGAUUUCAAGUGAUUAUGAUACUCUAAAGACAUCAUUCCCCCCUCAACCUGCCACUGAAAGAAGAGUCGUGCCUUCAGAUAAUCAUUAUGAAAAUUUUCGAAAAGACUAAAGCCCCAUACACACGGUCACACUUGUUGCCAACCAACUUCAAAAUCGCCAACUUUUCUAA